AUGCACUCCCUCCGCGAAGGCAUCCUAGACGGCACGGGAAACGACUCCACCGCCGUCAAGUCCACCGCCCCUUCCUUCUCCCUCAAAGCCAUCCUCCGCGGCCUCCGGCACAUCCUCUGGCCAAAAGCCGCCUCGGCAGACAGCUCUCCACGACAGCUCCGACCAACAGCCUACCUCGACGGUCUGCGCGGGUUCGCCGCCUUUCUGGUGUACAUCCACCACCACCAGCUCUGGGCCCACGGCGCGGAGAGCCUGCAGUCUGCAGUCUACUUUGAGAACGCCUACGGCUUCGACGGGGAGUUUCGGUUGUCAACAUUUUAUGGCAUUAGGAACUUUUUUACCGGGGGGCACAUGGCUGUGGCCGUGUUUUAUGUCAUCUCGGGCUAUGUCCUUUCCGUCAAGCCGCUGGCGUUGAUGCAGAGCGGGGAGCAUCUCAAGCUGGCGGAUAAUUUGGCAUCGGCGUUUUUCCGGAGGUGGUUUAGGUUGUAUCUGCCUAUUAUUGCCACUACGCUUGUUUACAUCACCUCGUGGCAUCUUUUUGGGUACUGGAACUUUGCUUGCCCUCCCAAGGAGACGUUCAGGGACGAGCUGUGGAAUUGGUAUGUCGAGUUCAAAAACUUUUCGUUCUUGUUCAAAGAAGGGGGUUGGAUCUGGGUCAAGGCGAACACGCAUACCUGGUCGAUACCGCUCGAGAUGAGGGGCAGCGUGAUCACUUACAUGGCUUGCAUGGCGCUCUCCCGGGCGACGACUAAGGCGAGACUGAUGUGUUUGGUUGUGCUGGUGGGGUAUUACCUUUAUGUGGUGGAUGGGUAUUACGGGGCGUUGUUUGUCGCGGGGAUGUUGCAGGCGGAUUUGGACCUGUUGGCGAGGAGGGAGGGGGGGUAUUUUCCUGGUUGGCUGAGGAGGUUGGAGAGGCACAAGACGUUUAUUUACUAUCAUCUUUUUGUGGUGAGCAUGUACCUUGCCGGGGUGCCGUCGGCGACGAACAAGGUGGAGGAUUUGAGGGCGAAUCCGGGGUGGUAUUGGUUGAGUUAUCUCAAGCCGCAGGCGGUGUUCGAUCCGAAGUGGUUUUAUCUGUUUUGGGCGGCGAAUAUGCUGGUGGCGGCGGUGCCGAGGAUGGGGUGGUUGAGGAGGUGGUUUGAGGGGAGGUUUUGCCAGUUUUUGGGGAGGAUUUCGUUCGCGUUUUAUUUGGUGCAUGGGCCAAUUUUGGCGACGGUGGGGGAUCGGCUGUAUCAUGCUGUGGGAUGGGGGAGGCCGGUCGAGGCUGGGGAGGUGGACAUGCUGGCGGCGUGGAGGGAUUUGUUGCCGUUGCCCAAGGUUGGGCCGAUCGGGUUGGAGUUUUCGUUUUUGGUGCCGCAUUUGAUCUUGUUGCCGUUGACGUUUUGGGUGGCGGAUAUUGUGACAAGGAUGGUGGACGAGCCUUCGGUCAAGUUUGCGGCUUGGCUUUAUAAAAGGGUUCAGGGAGGAGGGAAACCAGAGAUGAAGCCAGAGAGUAACGAGAUGAUGCUGAGACUGGCUUGA